UCCGAUACGAAUUAACACGUCGUCAAUAUAAAUAUGUUUCACGGUGACGAGAGUGUGACAAUAUCUAAGCGACGCGUGCGGGCACAGUUCGGCUUUCGCGGAAGUCUGUGAAGAUCGGCGGCUACCGACGAUGAUGUCUAGCGCGGCAAUUUGCUUUCAACGAGUGUGUGUGUGUGUUCUAGAUUUCCAUGAAUAAAACAAACGUAGUGAACAGAGAAGAUUAUCCGAGAAACAAGAAGUUCUUAUCGCGUGUGGCCAGUGAGUGGAGCGUUAAUUUGAAUGCUGGGAAAAUAUACGUCAGGUUUCAGGUGUGUAACAAGUGGUGUUCGAACGGAGUUCAUGUACAUCGACAUAAUGAUCGAGUAACGCCCGAUUGAAGGUGAUUGUGUGAAUUCCUGAGCGGCAAAAAAAAUUACGAUCAGUUCAGCAACAUGGGUAAAACUACGAGCAAAUUAGAUAAACGGCGAUCGCAAAGUAUAUCCUGGAGUCAUAAGUUUGGAUCGCUGAAUCGAAGGAGGAAACAUGCACCCAUGGUCAUCACUUCCUGUCCUCAUAUGGAGGUUUUGGAAUGGCUGAAGAGAAUGGACCUGGAAGAGUAUCAUGUAAAAUUCAAGCACUUCAACGGAGUGGAAGACUUCCUGUACUACAGCGAGGCGGAAAUCAAGAAGCUCGGAAUACGGAACAAUGCUCACCGGGCGCGGAUGGUCAGCAGUUUGGUGGCACUGCGGGAGAAACCAUCAACAGCAAGCCUCAACCGGGCUGAUACGUUACAGCAGAGGACAAUGCGACACAGCGUGGCAAUGGAACCAAACAAAACUUCUGCCGUGGUGAAACAGGAAUCCAUCAGCUAUGAGUGUCUGACGGCCAGCAACGCGAAGCAAAGCAAGAGUCUGGGCGAUCUACUAGAUAUGGAAUCACCCGACGGCGGUGGCGGCAAUGAAGCAGUCGCACUGAAAAAAGCCCUCGAAUGGGAACUGUCGCUGGAUUCGAGAGAUUUACGAUCGCACGCCUGGUACCACGGACCGAUUCCCCGGCAGCGAGCCGAGGAGAUUGUUCAACGGGAUGGGGACUUCCUGGUGCGAGACUGCGUCUCCCAGCCGGGAAACUACGUGCUGACCUGCAAAACCAAGGGACCGACGCUACAUUUUGUUAUCAAUAAGCUGCUGAUUCAGCCCGAAACCGUAUACGAGAGAGUACAAUAUCAGUUCGAAGACGACGCCUAUGACACAGUUCCUGAUUUGAUAACAUUCUACGUAGGCUCAGGGAAAGUCAUCUCUGCCGCCUCGGGAGCACGGAUUCAGUUCCCCUGCAACAGGCUCUACCCGCUGUCGUUCUACGCUUCCAAGUAUGGCCAUGGUGUGGGUGGCAUUCGUGGGCCAAGCCCACUCAACUCACCCUCACCGGUACCGUCGUCUCCUGGGUUCAGGUAUAAUCCAUACACUCAGCAAACGAACACAUAUCGAAGUCCGAUGUCUUCGCCUCCAAGGACAAAGCGUGAAACGCCCCCUCGUCUCCCUUCGAAGAAGCAACGUUCGCAAUCUCUAACCCCCCUUCAAGGAGCUCCGACGGCUCAACAGCGGUACUGCAGCGCUGAUGGUGUGAUACAAUCCAAUGGAUCCGAUAGUAGCAGAACGCUUUCGAAACCUUCAAGGUUGACUGGUUCAACCGAGAAGUGUAACAGUGCAGAUGGAGUCAUCCAUAAUAACGAUUUGGCACGGUCAACGGACGAGAAAUGCUCCAGCGCCGAUGGAGUCGUCAAAUCGCAAACAUUGACUCGAUCGGGACCCAGUUCGCAAUCUCUUCCACGAUCAAACAGUCUAAGGUCUUCCCACGGAAUUCUUGGCUCGCGAACGUCUAGCAUCAAUAAAGAACCGAGUGAACACUCGUUGAGUCCUUGCCUGGAGCAGAAACAUUUCGCCGAAGAUGAAGAGGAAUCGCAACAACCUCCUAGUCCACCACCGAAGCCAGGACGGGGAGUUCACAGGAACGAUUCUAUGAAGGAAGUCGAUCCACAUGGACCGAUCCAUCGAAUGGGAUCGUACCACCCAAGUGGAUCGGACUCCGGGAAUGGCUCGGGAGAUUCUGCACAGAGUUCCGCUGCCGGAGAGGAGAUCGUCGUGCAACAUCGAGGUGGAGUGAUACUGAAAAAUCCUCGCUUCAUUCCGACCUCGAUGUCAUCGAUCACGCUAAGAUCGUAUGUCGACUUCGAUCCACUGGCAGCGGAAGAAGCCCUGUUCUCGAUGAACAUUCCAACGUUCGAGCAGGUCUCGCGUUACGAUCUCGAAAACUUCAACACACUUUUGCUUCCGUUCUGUGAAUACAAACCGUUGGAUAGCGGCACGCUCAAUACGUUCCGGAUGAUGUUGAGCGAAACGAGCUCCAGGGUGAUUGCGGCGCACUUGACACGGGUGGAUAUUAGCUUAAUAUUAGAAAAAGACGAAGAGAAAAAAGACAACCUUCUGAAUUGUACCGGUUUGGAGUUGAUCACCUUAGAAAAUGGCCGCCAGUUCCGCUUGGAUCUUAUCGAACGUACCGAAUGUAUGAAACUGCUGGUAGCCGUUACAAUUUUAACCUGCCAGGACGAUCUAGAACGGGCCGAAACCUUGAACAAGUGGAUCCAGAUCGCGGUGGAAACCAAAACUGCCCUCGGAAAUCUGUUUGGAUUCUGUGCCAUCAUGCUCGGACUAUCGAUGCCACAGAUCCAAAAGCUGGAAACCACAUGGCACACAUUGCGCCAAAAGUACACCGACAGUGCAUUUAAUUUCGAAGCUAAACUACGACCUACGCUAAACAGCAUGAACGACUGCUCGAAUCCGCAGGCACCGAACACGACGAUACCCCACAUACUGCCAUACAUACUGGUUAAGGAUCGCACAAUCAACGAUGUCCUAGUAGACCCAUCGCAGACGCAGAGUUCCACGCUGGUGACGAGUUGCGUAACGCCGUGGGAAACCACUACUCAGGAUUUCGGCUUCUCGGUACUAUUUGCUCACCUGGACGCGGCCAGGAGUUUUGUGAACAAUCUAUCGCUCUAUCGGAAAAAUGCACACAGCAUCAUGCAGGACACCAGUCGGCUCGAUACGCUGCUGGAGGAUGCUUUCCGCACCGAAUUCCAGGUAAAGUUCCUCUGGGGCAGCAAGGGCUGCUUCGUGCCGGCCGAAGAUCGCCACGCCAAGUUCGAACACGUGCUCACGGUGAUGGCGGAAAAAUUCUGUGGCGAUGCCGCAGGAUAAAUCAACACCACACGAACACUUAGUAACAUUUCUGCACGUCAUGCAUUUUUCUCUCAUCUCUUCAAUCAAACUAUUCACUACUAAUCUCUACUCAUCUAAUCAGGCAUUUGAAACGAAAAAAAAACAAAAAACAACAACUCACUUGAUAGAGACAGACUAAAUUUUUACGCAACACUUUUAGCUCAAAUAUUGAAAGACCUACGAAAUAUAAGACGAAAAAAUCAAACGAAACAAUAAAAUUCAAAAUAUAGAAAGAAUCGUACGCAAAACGGAAUUUUUGGGAAGAGCAUAUUAAGCAAAGUUUUUCUUUUGGAAGUUGUUUAAAAGCUAGUCGUUUAAAGGGUGGAUUUAUCGAAAAAAAAACAAAUCUGAAAUAGGAAACAUUUCAGCCAAAUAUAUAAAAUGUUUUGAUACAACUUAAUCAGAUCUAGUCAAGACGGAGUCGAAGUACUUACUGUAAUAAUUCGUUUGUUAUGUACUGGAAAGAAUGAUCGUGGGUAAUUAUUAUUUGCAAUAAUUUAGCAGACAGGCAGUCAUUUGAAAUAUUGAGGUAUGAGAGAACAUUUUUAUAGCAAUUAUACAAAUCGUACAGCAGAUAAGAAGCAAUGUCAUAUAACCUCAAUGUUUGUUUCCAGGAAUGAUGUUUUCCUCUUUGAUUUGCGAAAUGAACCACUGAUGAAAUAGACUGAUGAUUUAGUGUUGAAUUGUUCAGUUUAGCACUUUCCCAAGCAAUACCCUCUAAUAUCGGCACCAAGCCAAUUGACUUCGGUUUGUUGAACUACUCAGAAAAUUUUCUAACUGCUAAUAACCUCCACCAACAUUUUUAAUACCCUUUUCCUGACCUGUAACCGAAGUAUUGUAGUGCUACGUAGAACCAUUGAUCACACACAUACACACUCACACACAAAAGCAUAACUAUCUACACGCAGAAAAUGAAACAUAUGUAAGAAUAGAACCAUAAAUACAAGUAGUUAAUCUUGAGCACUUUUUCUGAAAGUAAAGGAACUGUAUGAUAAUAACGAUUAGAGAUUUGUACUUACGGAAGAAAUUUAUACCCGUACAACAGACGAAUACACACUUAAUCUCAUUCAUAUGUUGGACUAAUACCAAAAUAGUCACCUGUAUUGUUAGAAUUUAAUGAAGUGAUUUCUUUUUUUUUUUUCAUCUGACAGACAACAUUUUCCGUUGAAUGAGCCUGAUUUUAAAAAUACCAGAAUACUUCAUGUACCCGAACCGAAAAAACAAAAAAAAAACAAAAUACCAAUAAAAGUGACAAACACCUAACUAAUCAGUACACUUAUGUAGAAGAUUUAAAAGUUGUAUAUUGUAUCAAUCUGAUCGAAACACAUUUAUUUACCAAAACAAAUGCUACUCUGAAUCACCACAAUAAAUUACGUGUAUUUCGGGAUUUGGGGCUUGCCAAACGAAACACAACACUAAUAAAGAAAAUAAUUCAAAACUGAUGGACUUUGAGCGGGUGAAAAACUGGUAAAGGAAAAGUAUUACGUAACGGGGAAGAAAAAAAACGGUAUGCUACAACUCAGCGGAUCCAAUGGAAACGCUGCAUUUGUAAAUAGUUUACGGGACAUUUCAAAAACGAUAAAUUUGGAAACAAUGUGCAGAUAAGACGAAGGUCACAUAUGUACUACUACCAACUACUGACAAUGCGCAUAUGAAAGGUAUGAUAUUUAAACGCAGGAAAUGAUAAAUAAUACAUUAUUUAAAUAAAA